UUAAGACAUGCUUCUUCUAACUUGUCACCUUGGACAGAGCUGAGAGAUCUAGACCUACAAACUGGUUCCUUUACCUUAAGGCAAAUCAAAGCUGCCACAAACAGCUUCAAUCCUGCAAAUAAGAUAGGAGAAGGUGGUUUUGGACCUGUUUAUAAGGGCCUAUUAUCUGAUGGAACCAUAAUUGCAGUUAAGCAACUUUCUUCCAAAUCAAAGCAAGGAAAUCGUGAGUUUGUGAAUGAGAUAGGCAUGAUUUCUGCUCUUCAACACCCUCAUCUUGUAAAGCUUUAUGGAUGGUGCCUUGAAGGAAAUCAAUUGUUGCUAGUUUAUGAGUACAUGGAAAAUAACUGCCUUGCUCGUGCUCUGUUUGGUCCAGAAGAAUGUCAACUAAAAUUGGAUUGGCCUACGAGGCGCAAGAUCUGCAUUGGGAUAGCAAGAGGUUUAGCUUACCUCCAUGAAGAAUCUAGAUUGAAGAUUGUUCAUAGAGACAUUAAAGCUACCAAUGUUUUGCUCGAUAAAAAUCUUAACCCCAAGAUAUCCGACUUUGGCUUAGCCAAGCUUGAUGAAGAGGAGAAUACUCACAUCAGCACACGAAUUGUUGGAACUUUAGGAUAUAUGGCACCAGAGUAUGCCAUGAGAGGUUACCUGACUGAUAAAGCAGAUGUUUACAGUUUCGGGGUUGUUGCCUUGGAAAUUGUCAGUGGGAAGAGCAACAGCAGCUUCAGGCCAAAGCAGGAAUGUGUUUAUCUUCUGGACUGGGCCCUCGUUCUGAAAGAAAGAGGAAACUUAAUGGAAUUAGUGGAUCCAAAGUUGGGUUUGGAAUUCAACAAGAAAGAGGUGUUGGGGAUGCUAAAUGUGGCUUUGCUAUGUACUAAUGCAUCUCCAACUCUUAGACCUACCAUGUCAGUUGUGUUGAGCAUGCUCGAAGGCCGAGCUGCUGUUCAGGAGUUUGUUCCAGAUACAAGUUUCGUUGCUGAAGAUACGAGAUUUAAGGCUAUCAGGAGUCAUAUGAGCAUCAGCGAGAGCCUCACCCAGAGUGCAAACAUAGAUGGGCCAUGGACUGGGUAUUCCACAUCUGCUUCUGAUCUUUACCUGCUCAAUCCUGAUCCCCAAUACCGGAAUGACAUAGUAUAGACUACUAUACCCACUCAUUUUAUUUUUCAUGUGGCAUAGAAAUACAGGUUUUGGAAUGCAUAAAUUGGUGAGGCAAGCCUAAUUUGUUAUUCCUCAACCUAAUACCUCAACUGCUCCUACAACCAGCCUUCAUGCUGUUUUGAUGCCAAGCCGGCAUUGGUUAUGUGAUUAAAUCAAGCGUUUGUUUUAGGGAAAGAGCAUAAGGAGUGAACUCAUGAAACUAAGACACUUAUUGUUUUGAGGAUUAACUUGCUCAUUGAAGGCUAAAAAGCCCUUUGAAGAUUCCA